AUGCAGAUUUUCGUCAAGACCCUCACUGGUAAAACCAUUACUCUUGAAGUUGAGUCUUCUGAUUCGAUUGAAAACGUUAAGCAAAAGAUUCAAGACAAGGAAGGUAUUCCACCAGACCAACAGCGUUUGAUUUUCGCAGGCAAACAAUUAGAAGACGGUCGUUCUCUGAGUGACUAUAACAUUCAAAAAGAAUCUACACUGCAUUUGGUAUUACGUCUUCGUGGUGGUGCAACUGAAGAAGAAAAGCCAACCAAGAAGAAGAGUAAUCGUUGUUCAUUUACAAGUUGCUCAGAUAAAGUAGUGAAGAUUAUUGGUGAUUGUCGGUAUUGCCAGCACAAGUUCUGUGCCAGACAUCGUUUACCAGAAGCUCAUGCUUGUGAAAACUUGAUGAGUUGUCGACAAGCAGCACAUGAACGAAAUAGUAUCAAGCUUUUAAGUGAACGAUGCGUAGCUAGUAAAGUCUAA